AUGUCUGACCAACAAAAGGGGCUUGCGAAAGUGAUUCUUGAGGAAUUCCCACAGAGCGAGCACCGCUUCUGUGUUCAGCACAUAUACAACAAUUUCAAGAAGAGAUUUGUCGGAGAAAAUUUCAAAGAACGUUUGUGGGAGAUAGCCGCGAGUACAACCCUUGAACAUUACUUGGACAAGAUGGAAGCUCUGCGGAUUGAGUACCCUUCAGCACAUCAAUGGCUUACUGGGGUUGCUCCCAAAGAAAAAUGGGUGAAGGCUUUUUUCUCCCCACAUACUUGUUGUGAUGUGCUACUCAACAACAUUUGUGAGACUUUUAAUUCGAAGAUUGCAUUGGCGCGAGAAAAAGCUAUUAUCAGUAUGUUGGAGGACAUCCGAACGAGUCAAAUGGAAAGGCUUCAGAUCAGAGGCCAGUGGAUCAAAAGCUACAAUCACGCAGUCCCUCCUGUUAUCAAGGAGAUUGUUGACAAGUGGUACGCAGUCCCUUCAUGGCGAGCUACAUGGAAUGGAGAUACUUCGUACCAAGUAUCAGGGCCGUCUGGGCAAUAUGUUGUGAACAUGCGCGAUUUUACAUGCUCUUGCAGACUAUGGCAGCUAACAGGGAUUCCAUGUACUCAUGCCAUCGCAACAAUCAACAAGAACGGCGAGGAUGUCAUGCGAUACGUCUCCCGCUAUUAUCUGAAGUCCACAAUGACGAUGCUAUACGAGAAUGUCCUUUACCCAAUUAAUGGGGUUGACAACUGGCCCAAGAGUUGUGAUGGUGCAUUGGAACUGGCUCCUCCUAGGACAAAGCGACAGCGUGGACGACCGAAGAAAUUGAGGCGUGAGGAGCCCCAGAUUCGUCUUCAUGCGGACGGAGGUGAGUCACUGCGACGAACCUUCAUCAUGAGAUGUCGCCGCUGCGGCCAAGAAGGGCAUAACAGGAGGACUUGCACCAAUGAUCCACGGACAGAUGCUCGUGCUGAAGUUGGGGAGAGUUCGCAUCAAACUGGGUCGCGUACGACGGAUACGAGGGGGAGUAACUUGCCCAAAGCGGAUCGCCGAAGCCAAGAGCCUAAUGUUGCCGAUUCGGGACCUAGCACUAGGGCCGCCAGAACAAGGGCCAGGUCUCAGCCUCAGCGUUGUGGCCGCCGCGGUGAUCAAGAUUGA